CAUCACCGGUACUCCGAGACCGACGCCGACCCCCAUAACGCCAAACGGGGCUUCUUUUUCGCGCACAUGGGUUGGCUCAUGUGUCGCAAGCACCCGGAGGUCACCAUUAAGGGCAAGGAGAUAGACAUGUCCGACCUGUUGGCCGACCCUGUGGUCCGCUUUCAACGCAAAUACUACUUACUAUUAGUGGCGCUAAUAUGGCUGCUAAUACCGGUGUCGGUGCCGGUGCUCGCGUUUGGCGAGACAUGGAUUGACUCGUUUCUGAUUAGCGUCUUAAGGCUGACGACAAUACUUCACUAUUCCUUUCUCGUGAACUCCAUGGCCCACAUCGGGUCGGCCUAUAGACCAUAUGAUAAACAUAUAUACCCGCGCGAGAAUCGUCUGGUAACCUACCUGUCCGGUGGUGAGGGUUACCAUAACUAUCACCACACGUUUCCCUUUGACUACUCGGCCUCAGAACACGGGUGGAAAGACAACUGGAAUAUAGCGACGGCUUUCAUAGAUAUGUUUGCGUGGAUUGGGUGGGCGUAUGAUAGGAGGCGCCCAACGGAGGCUUGUGUUAAGGCCAGGAUCGCCAGAACUGGUGAUUCCGAUCAUAAAUAUCAGAGAUUAACCAGGGUAUACGCUAUUAUCGAUUCAAUUAUGGGGGCUGGAGUGGAUUUGUGGCCAAUAUGGCUACCCCGGGUAAUUAGGCUUAUAUUGUUUUGA